AUGCCCCCCGGGGUUGACUGCCCCAUGGAAUUCUGGACCAAGGAGGAGAAUCAGAACGUGGCAGUUGAUUUCUUGCUGCCCACAGGGGUCUAUCUGAACUUCCCUGUGUCCCGAAAUGCCAACCUCAGCACUAUCAAGAAGGUGUUAUGGCACCGUGCCCAGUACGAGCCGCUCUUCCACAUGCUCAGUGACCCUGAGGCCUACGUGUUCACCUGCGUCAACCAGACGGCGGAGCAGCAGGAGCUGGAGGACGAGCAGCGGCGGCUCUGUGACAUCCAGCCCUUCCUGCCCGUCCUGAGGCUGGUGGCCCGCGAGGGUGACCGUGUGAAGAAGCUCAUCAACUCGCAGAUCAGCCUGCUCAUCGGCAAAGGCCUCCACGAGUUUGACUCUUUGCAAGACCCGGAGGUGAAUGACUUCCGAGGCAAGAUGCGCCAGUUCUGCGAGGAGGCGGCUGCCCGCAGGCAGCAGCUGGGCUGGGAGGCCUGGCUGCAAUACAGCUUCCCUCUGCAGUUGGAGCCCUCAGCGCGGAGCUGGGGGCCGGGCACCCUGCGCGUCCCCAAUCGGGCCCUCCUGGUCAAUGUCAAGUUUGAGGGCAGCGAGGAGAGCUUCACCUUCCAGGUGUCCACCAAGGAUGUGCCCUUGGCACUGAUGGCCUGCGCCCUCCGAAAGAAGGCCACGGUGUUCCGGCAGCCGCUGGUGGAGCAGCCUGAGGACUACACGCUGCAGGUGAACGGCAAGCACGAGUACCUGUACGGCAGCUACCCCCUCUGCCAGUUCCAGUACAUCUGCAGCUGCCUGCACAGCGGACUGACCCCCCACCUGACUAUGGUACACUCCUCCUCCAUCCUCGCCAUGCGGGACGAGCAGAGCAACCCUGCCCCCCAAGUCCAGAAGCCACGCACCAAACCGCCCCCCAUCCCCAUGAAGAAGCCCUCCUCCAUGUCCCUCUGGUCCCUGGAGCAGCCUUUCUACAUCGAGCUGAUCCAGGGCAGCAAAGUGAAUGCUGACGAGCGGAUGAAGCUGGUGGUGCAGGCUGGGCUCUUCCACGGCAACGAGACGCUAUGCAAGACGGUGUCCAGCUCGGAGGUGAGCGUGUGCUCAGAGCCCGUGUGGAAGCAGCGGCUGGAGUUUGACAUCAACGUCUGUGACCUGCCCCGCAUGGCCCGACUCUGCUUCGCACUUUACGCCGUGAUCGAGAAGGCCAAGAAGGCCCGCUCCACCAAGAAGAAGUCCAAGAAGGCGGACUGCCCCAUUGCCUGGGCCAACCUCAUGCUGUUUGACUACAAGGACCAGCUGAAGACGGGCGAGCGCUGUCUCUACAUGUGGCCCUCUGUCCCAGACGAGAAAGGGGAGCUACUGAACCCCUGUGGCACCGUUCGGAGUAACCCCAACACUGAGAGUGCGGCCGCCCUGGUCAUCUUUCUCCCCGAGGUGGCCCCUCACCCUGUAUACUACCCUUCCCUGGACAAGAUCCUGGAGCUGGGGCGGCUCGGAGAGCACGGACGCUUCACGGAGGAGGAGCAGCUACAGCUGCGGGAGAUCCUGGAGCGCCGGGGCUCCGGGGAACUGUAUGAGCAUGAGAAGGACCUGGUGUGGAAGAUGCGGCACGAGAUCCAGGAGCACUUUCCCGAGGCCCUAGCCCGGCUGCUGCUGGUCACUAAGUGGAACAAACACGAGGACGUGGCCCAGAUGCUCUACCUGCUCUGCUCCUGGCCUGAACUGCCAGUCCUGAGCGCCCUGGAGUUGCUAGACUUCAGCUUCCCCGACCGCCACGUGGGCUCCUUCGCCAUCAAGUCUCUGCGGAAACUGACGGACGACGAGCUUUUCCAGUACCUGCUGCAGCUGGUGCAGGUGCUCAAGUACGAGUCCUACCUCGACUGCGAGCUGACCAAAUUCCUGCUGGACCGGGCCCUGGCCAAUCGCAGGAUCGGCCACUUCCUCUUCUGGCACCUCCGCUCUGAGAUGCACGUGCCGUCGGUGUCCCUGCGCUUCGGCCUCAUCAUGGAAGCCUACUGCCGGGGCAGCACCCACCACAUGAAGGUGCUGAUGAAGCAGGGGGAAGCACUGAGCAAACUGAAGGCCCUGAACGACGUUGUCAAAGUGAGCUCCCAGAAGACCACCAAGCCCCAGACCAAGGAGCUGAUGCACCUGUGCAUGCGCCAGGAGACCUACCUGGAGGCCCUGUCCCACUUGCAGUCCCCACUCGACCCCAGCACCCUGCUGGCUGAAGUCUGCGUGGAGCAGUGCACCUUCAUGGACUCCAAGAUGAAGCCCCUGUGGGUCAUGUACAGCAACGAGGAGGCGGGCAGUGAUGGCGCUGUGGGCAUCAUCUUUAAGAAUGGGGAUGACCUCCGCCAGGACAUGCUGACCCUACAGAUGAUCCAGCUCAUGGACAUUCUGUGGAAGCAGGAGGGCUUGGACCUGAGGAUGACCCCCUACGGCUGCCUCUCCACUGGGGACCGCACAGGCCUCAUCGAGGUGGUGCUUCACUCGGACACCAUUGCCAACAUCCAGCUGAACAAGAGCAACAUGGCAGCCACAGCUGCCUUCAAUAAGGAUGCUCUGCUCAACUGGCUCAAGUCCAAGAACCCUGGGGAGGCCCUGGAUCGAGCCAUUGAGGAGUUCACCCUCUCCUGUGCUGGCUACUGUGUGGCCACCUAUGUGCUGGGCAUUGGCGAUCGCCACAGCGACAACAUCAUGAUCCGAGAGAACGGGCAGCUGUUCCACAUUGAUUUCGGCCACUUUCUGGGGAAUUUCAAGACCAAGUUUGGAAUCAACCGUGAGCGGGUCCCAUUCAUCCUCACCUAUGACUUUGUCCACGUGAUCCAGCAAGGGAAGACAAAUAAUAGUGAGAAGUUUGAAAGGUUCCGGGGCUACUGUGAGCGGGCCUACACCAUCCUGCGGCGCCAUGGGCUCCUUUUCCUCCACCUCUUUGCCCUGAUGCGGGCGGCAGGCCUGCCUGAGCUCAGCUGCUCCAAAGACAUCCAGUAUCUCAAGGAUUCUCUGGCAUUGGGGAAAACAGAGGAGGAGGCUCUGAAGCACUUCCGAGUGAAGUUUAAUGAAGCCCUCCGGGAGAGCUGGAAAACCAAAGUGAACUGGCUGGCCCACAACGUGUCCAAAGAUAACAGGCAAUAA